AUGCUGCCUGAAGAACUUGAUGUACAUAUCAUGGUUGAUUGCGAACUUGCCGGUCACCCUAAACUGAUCAAACCAGCCAUUACCCAGAUCGUUCAAGAUCAUGUUACGACACAGUGGGUUGAAAUAAACAGUCCCCAGGUACUCAAGAAGAGCCAAGAGAGCACUGUGACUUUCAAAGAGGCAUUACAAGCAUUUAUAGCCUGGAUUAAAAGCUGUAAAGAGUCUAAGUACGAGACAAUAAUAGAGAGUGGUGGACGUUAUCAAUGGCUUUAUUUCGCAUAUGAAACUUGCGAAUUGAUGCAGCCUGUAUUAUUCUGGCAGCAUAAGUGCGCAAUAAUAGCCAACUAUACGGCCAACAAAAUAACGAAACGAAAUUUCCGCAAGGAAGCAGAUCUAGACCGUCGAGGGCAAAAACACGAUGCUGUACAAGACUGUCUGCAUCAAAUUGGAUGGCUAGUAAAGGGUCUAAGCGCAUCAAUGGGAAAACAAGCCAUUAGUGUCCCUUUUUCUACCUCUUCUAUUCCCUCUGGCUCUCCUGUCCACGAAAAACCAUCGAGAAAGCGAAGACUCGAUUGCGAGGAUGAAUGA